AUGCCCCGACCUCACGGCUUCGCUUUCCAAGCAGAAGAUGUCUCUCCAGCUUCCUCCAGUUGUGGGACACUCAUCCAGUACACCCCCGACUCUGCCACUAGCCCCACCGCAGAGCGCCCGUCUCCCCAUCCUUCCUUCCAGAAGGUCAAGGAGGAAGGUGAGGGUGCGGUGAAGAAGGCCAAGAGCCGCACGGCCUUCUCCCAGGAGCAGCUGCAAAUCCUGCACCACCGGUUCCAGAGCCAGAAGUACCUCAGCCCCCAGCAGAUCCGGGAGCUGGCUGCUGCCCUGGGGCUCACCUACAAGCAGGUGAAAACAUGGUUUCAGAACCAACGGAUGAAAUUCAAGCGUUGCCAGAAGGAGAGCCAGUGGGUGGGAAAAGGGGUGUAUCUACCACAGAACGGGUUCCAUCAGGCUGCCUACCUGGAUAUAACCCCCACAUUUCACCAGGGCUUCCCCGUCAGUGCCAGCAGAAACCUUCAGGCUGUGACCAACGUGCACCAGGCUUACGGCAGUGGCCAGACUUACGGGAAUGGGCAGAGCCUGUACUCGUUCGUGGCUGUGGAGGAUGAGGGGCUCUUUGGGAAAGGUGGGACAAGCUGCAAUACCCAGCAAGCCAUGGGUUUACUGAGCCAGCAGAUGAACUUCUAUCAUGGCUACCCUGCUGAUAUGGAUUACGUCAGCCUGGAACCAGAAGACACCUACAGCUUCGAGAGCACCUCUGACAGCAUCAUACAAUUCUCGAGCUCUCCUGUACGGCAUCAGUACCAGGCCCCUUGGCAUCCCCUGGGGACCCAGAGUGGUUAUGAGUCUCAAGUCUAA